AUGCCUUUCAUACAAUCACCCGCCAAAGUCCUUCUCACAGGCGCCAAUGGUUAUUUCGCUAUACACGCUAUCAAGGACCUCCUCGAUCGAGGGUACACCGUGGUUGGAACUGUUCGACCAGAGCACAAAGGCGAAGAGCUAAUCAAACUAUUCCCCUUAUACACCGGUAAACUCACUUAUACAGUGGUUCCCGAUAUCCUCAAAACAGGCGCAUUCGACCAAGUAAUCAAAGAAGGAAACUUUGAUGCCGUAGCUCACGCUGCAUCACCUGUCGUCGUUCCAGGUGGCACAAUCCAAGAUUUUGUCAAGCCUGCGAUAGAUGGAACAGUUGGAAUUCUCGACAGCAUCAAGGCUUACGGCCGAACCGUUAAACGAGUAACCAUCGUAUCGUCUACCGCUGCAAUGAACACCUUCCAGAAGGGAGUAAAACACAACGAGUUACUCGAAAACCCUCGCGGAAAAGGCCGUGUGGAAUGGUGGUCCGAGAACGAGAAGCAUGUCGACUGGGAUUUGGUCACUAUCAAGCCUAGUUUUAUGGUUGGUGAACCAAUCCACGCGGUCACAUCCAGAGACCAACUUUCAUCCACGAACGAAGUUCUUUCGGCCAUCUCUAAACCUCACGAUGACCCAACCCAGGGGCCAUGGACCAUUGUCCACGUAAGAGAUGUUGCUGUCAUCCAUUCAGCUAUACUCGAGAAAAAUGAACACUUGGGCGGAAGAAGAGUGAUUACUGUAGGAAGUGAACCAAGCUGGCAAGAUAUGUAUGACGCCUUUGCUGACUUCUCCGGUGUGCCCAAGGGGAGUCCGGGUGUUGGAACCACGUCUGGCACUGGAUCCCCGAGUUGGGAUACCAGUUUUGCUCGUGAACUUCUUGGAAGGGACUUUAUGGGUACUAAGGAGACUUUGGUUGAGACUGAACAGUAUUACCGAAAGAAAGGCUGGUCGUUUUUUGUUUGA